AUGGAAGCAGCGGCGAAGAAGGUCCAACUACUGGCCCAGCGCAUCCUGCCCGACCGACCGCAUCACCUAUCCGUCACUCCCGACCAGCGCUUUCGCGUCCCUCCCGAUCAUAGCAAGGUCUUUGAGGAGCUCAAGUUCCAGCGCCUACAGUACAUGACGCUACAGUCGGACGCUGAACGCGGCAUGCUGCUCACUCGACCCUACUAUGACAUGCGCGAAGAACCUCCGAACCCAGUCACCGCCAAAGAGCCGAACGUGAAGAUGGAAAAGAAGACCGUCACCAAAUUGUCGUUGAGUGACUACAAGAACAAACAGAAGAAGGCAUCCGCGUCUCCCACCGACUCGGGAGCUACGCCAAGGACAGAUGUUUCCAGGAAAGAGGCAAUAGAAGGUCGGAACGACCGAGAACCAAAAAAGGUUGAUGCGUAUAGGAGUCGGGAAUACGACGCAUCCAAGGACACAAAGGCGCAAAAGUCGCGCGAAGGUCCCACUGACGAGAGAUCGAGCAGGCCUGAGGCAAGGCCGAGGCCAACGCAGGAAAGUAAUGAUACCCCGGAGAAGCGAAAGCGGGCGGACACGGACGGCGAGUUGCGACCGCAGAAACGAGCGAGACCAGAAGCCAGCACCCCUCUCGACGAGCGAUCGCGAACACCCCGAGAUGAUACCCCGAAGAGGAAAGAGCUGCACUCUUCGCAGGACAGGACGCCGCAAAAGGAGAGCAAGUCAAGUACUGCCUCAUCAUCGAUAACGAAUGGAAGAUCCGCGCUGAAGGCGGCCUUGGGUUCGGGCGCCAACAAGUCGCCAGUGUCACGUGCGCGCGGCGAUUCCAUCAAUGGCAACAGACCAAGUCCCUCUCUCAGCAGUAAGAGCAAGACGGACCCGAGGACAGCAAUGCCACCGCUACUCUCGCCGCUGCACCUUCCGAAUGAAUCGGACUCUCAUACCAAGGAAAAGAAGAGACGGGAGGAUGCUCUCGAUCAUGUUAAGCCUCAAAAGCCUUCAAGACAAGAACCGCUGCCGCCUAUCAAGAGGCCAAAGUCUCCUCUUCGACUCCCGGCUCUGUUGUCCCCCACACUGCCACCGGCGCUUGAAGAGGAGCUUGCACGAAUUAAGAAGACACCAACAAAGGGAUCGACACCUAGUCAAAAGAUACAACCUCCAGAAUCACCGACUAGCAACAAGCGGCCCUACGUCGUACCUAAGGAGGAGGAGGAGGACAGAAAGGAUUUCAAGGACAAGGUCAAGGAAAGGCCACGCAGAUUGAUGGUGACGCUGAAAUAUCCUAAGAAGAUAUCCAAGUCGGUCCAACGACUGCUGGCUCUGCCCCCGAAGAAGGACGCAAUCAAGAAGGAACGCUCCGCAAGUAUAGAGCCACCAGCACCGCCUCAGGCAAGGAAACGGCCAAUAGGGAGCACAGAGAAUGUUGGAGAUUCUAUCGCCGUCAAGCGACCCAGGACGUCGGACGUCGCCAGCUCCAAACUUGUCGCUCCGUCAACGCCAUCCAAGGCAGCCACUUCAAUGUCGAGAGUGGCAUCGAGCAACUCGGUAAACACCCCAGUGGACGGCAACAGUUUGACUCCUGCGGCUCCCCCCUCAGCAGACCGAGAUCGGCCACAGACAAGAGACCUGAGGGAGCCUUUCAACCCAGCAAAGAUUCAAGCAUUGCGCGAGCGUUAUGCUCGCUUUAGCAAGCUUGGAACGAAGUUGAAGCAUGAGCGCGAUAUGCUCUUCGAGCGUAAGAACGAUCGAGGCGGCCAUUCUUCCGACUCGGACAGCAAACUGGGUAUCAUUUUAGGACUGGAGACGGCUCUGGCGUUCAUGACCGGCUUCAGGGCAGUGGUCGAUGCGCGUUCAAUAGAGAGCAAGGCGCAAGAUCCGAAACAAUGGGGCAGCAUUCUACCAGUACUCAACAUCAUGCGCCCGGAGCUGCGCAAGAGUGGUCCCUUGGAAGCCUUGUUCUGGCAGAUUCAGGGCGUCAUUCAUGAGGAGCUGCUGAGGUGCUACUGGUCUAUCGACCCGACGCCGCAUGCGGUGGCCAUCAUCAGCCACGAACGGGGCCGCUCAAACGCGUGGAAGUCGGCUGCGGACUUUGUCGAGCGGAUCGAGGACAGCUCCAUGCGCGCAAACAUGGGCCCUUGGACUACGGUGGAGGAAGCCGUCGCGUCGGCACUGAGGAUCAUGCGCCGCUGGGCUCAACAGGAGCACGUCUCAUGGCGCGCCGAGGUCACGGUAUCAGCGGCCAACGGGACGUCAUAG